AUGAGCCUAACAAGUGAGACAAGCCACCGCGACCCGGACAAGUUCCCAGCCGUCCAGCUGUUCCUCCUUGCAAUCGUCCGUCUCGCCGAACCGAUCGCACUCACCUCCAUCUUCCCCUAUGCCUGGGCUUUCAUCAAGAGACUACAAAUUGGAAACGAAGAUGACGCCUCAUUCUACGCCGGCCUCCUUAUCUCGUCCUUCGCCCUGGCCGAGGCCUCGAUGGGCAUGUACUGGGGAGGCCUGUCCGACAGAGUUGGUCGGAAACCCGUCUUACUUUUAGGAUGUGUCGGCACCAUGUUCAGCAUGGUCAUGGUUGGAUUCGCGACCAACAUCUGGAUCGCUGUGCUUGGUCGUGCCAUUGGCGGGCUUCUGAACGGCAAUAUCGGUGUUAUUCAGACCAUGGUUGGUGAGCUGGUCACAAAGCCAGAGCAUGAGCUGCCUUUUGUUUGGAGCAUCGGCACCAUCAUUGGUCCCGCUAUUGGCGGUACCUUUGCUGACCCCCACGAAUCCUUCCCAAACAUGUUCCCCAAGGGCUCCCUAUUCGACCGAUUCCCGUAUCUAUUGCCCAACCUUAUCUGCGCCGGCAUGCUUCUUAUGAGCAUCGUGCUUGGUUAUUUUCUCCUCGAAGAGACACAUCCCGAUAUGCAGCCCCGCGUUCUGCUUCCCGACGAUACAUUCCUCUCCGAGAACACACCCUUGAUCGAGACCUCCGAUGCGAUGAAGCGCCCCGCUGUCGACCUUCGCGACGAGAACUACGGUACUAUGCGGGCUCGAGAUAUUAAGAAUACCAGCUCCGCGCCGAAGGCCAUCGCGAAGCAACCGACUUACAACGUCUUUUCCAAGAAGAUCAUGGCAGUCAUUGUCUCCCUUUCAAUCUUCACCUAUCACUCGAUGACAUUCGAUCACCUUCUUCCGAUUUUCUUCGAGGACGACAAGGUUCCUACCAGCCAGCCGUUCGGUAUCUUCAAGGUUCUGAGUCCCUUCUACUCGCCUGGAGGCCUGGGUCUCUCCCUUCAGUCAGUCGGCAUGAUCAUGGCUGUUCAGGGUGUCAUUGCCCUUUUCAUGCAAGCUGUCGUCUUCCCUGUGAUGGCGGAGAAGGUCGGGGUCUACAGGCUUUUUGUCUUGAUCACGAUAUUCCACCCUAUCGUCUACUUUAUCAUGCCCUCGCUGCUCUUUGUUCCAGAGGGGCUCUUAUACCCGGCCAUUUACUUUUGUCUCGCGGUUCGCAACUUCUUUUCCAUCCUCCUUUACCCUCUCCUCCUGAUUCUUAUCAAGGAGGCGACGCCCAGUUCUUCUGUUCUGGGCAAGGUGAACGGGCUCGCUGCCAGUGCAGGUGCAGCAUGCCGCAUGGUAGCCCCGCCAGUGGCCGGAUAUUUGUAUUCGGUGGGAAGGAAGAUGGACUGCACUGCCUUGGCCUGGUAUGGAAGCACCUUUGUUGCCAUCAUCGGAGCCAUCCAGUGCUUUCAGGUUAAGAGGGAUAGGUCGAGGGAUGCGGGGGGCGAUGACGGUAUGAGCCAGUACUCCGAUAGUGACGGAGAGGCUACUCUUGUUGCGGAGGCCGCCUAA